GUGUUUCAUUCCCUUAGAGGAUGAUACUACGAGUUUUGAUCUUAGUACAAUUGUUGAUUGGACUGGUGGCAUCAAUGAGCAUUACCAGAAUACUACAAACUGUGGAAACAGAAAAAUAUUCUUUACUGCAGAUGCAAACUACCAUGUUCUUGAUGAACAUGAUGAUUGGACUACAUGCGGUGAUUGGACUGGGUAUCUGCUUUUGUUGUUUACUAAACAACACUAGAAGAAAUGGAAAUGGCAAUAUUCUCAGUGAAGAAGAUGAGUGCUCUAGCAGUCAAGCUUCAUCAGAUGUAAGGAUGAGUCAACUAAAUGAGUGCAGAAGAAGACUCAAUAAACUUUACAAGGAUAUCAGAACCAUUAAUAUGGAAAUAUUGACACUACAGUAUCGAAUUGAUGCAAUUUUUGGUGAAGAUUGCGGCAUCAAUAAAUCUAUUGUGCAUCGCGUCUUGGAGUAUUUUGGGCUGGCCUGAUAUUGUGCAU